GGCUCAAGGUGUCAGAAGGCAGGCUGGUUUAAAUUUAACUGGCUGCAACUUAACAUGGCAGGUCCUCCGCUCCCUCUCCCUCUCUCACACACACACCCAUGCCCAGACAGCAUCAUGCUCACAAAGACUUAGCCUUAGACACCAUUCUGCACUGUGCGCACCGUACAGCAGCAGCCAUCCACAUUCAGACCACCUGGAUUGUACAAGGGGACGGCCGAGGACGUAGCGGAGAAGUAACUCUCACACUGGGUGGGCAAGAAGCAUUCAACACUAAGGAUAAACACGUCAUCCAAGGCGUCAGGCUGAAGGCACGACCGGCAGCUCUGCAGCAUCACAGCAGCACAGUUAGCGGUUGGUCGCUUAGCUACGAGAGGUAGCAACAUGCGCUCCCGUAGCAGCAGCCUGGAGGACGUCACCAAGGUCAAGCUGGCCAAAGAAGAACCCUCUGGGCGGCCAGAGCGUCGCAGUCGCCACCGUGAGCCGCCAGAUGACACUGGCACCAUCCAGUGGAACCACCAGACCACCAAGAAUGGCGGCAGUAGUGCUGCAAAGGGGCCCCGUAAGGAGAAGGCGAGAGACCUUUCGCGUGAUGACCUGGUCUUCCUGUUGAGCUUGCUGGAGGGAGAACUGCAGGCCAGAGAUGAGGUGAUUACUGUGCUGAAGGCAGAAAAAAUCGAUUUGGCCCUUCUGGAAGCCAAAUACGGCUUUGUCACGCCGCCCAAAGUCCUGCAGGCUCUGCAGCGGGAUGCCAUCCAAGGCAAAGUUGACGGCUUACAGGAAGACAUCUAUGAACGGCCCAUGGUGGAGCUGGACAAGCUGGUGGAAAAGCAGAGGGAGACGUACCGCCGCAUGCUGGAGCAGCUGCUGAUGGUAGAGCAGGCCCACAAGCAGGCCCUGUACAAAAUGGCGGAUGAGAAGCGCAACCAUGGCGACUUUGUGAAGAAGAGCGACGAGUUUACCAACCUGCUGGAGCAGGAGCGUGAGAGACUGAAGCUGUUAAUUGAUCAGGAAAAGGCCUUCCAAGAACGAAAAGACCAAGAGAACAACAAAAAGGUCACAAGUCUGAAAGAGGAAUUGAAAAGGGUCAAAUCCUUUGCGUUGAUGGUGGUAGAUGAACAGCAGCGUCUCAACGAGCAGCUGAAUCAACAGACAGCCGAGGUCCAACAGCUGAGCACCACCACUACACAGGUUCGGGAGGAGCUGAGCUUAGCCAACAAGAACCUUCAGGAAGAGGAGCAGAAGGUGUGCCGCCUGGAAGCGGAGCUGUGUGACUGCAUCAGUCGACACCAUCAGGAGCAGGAAGCCACCAUGGCUAAGCUGACAAGUGAGGAUGCACAGAAUCGGCAGCUGCGUCAGAAGUUGUCCACUCUAAGCAGGCAGCUUGACGAGCUGGAGGAUACCAACAAGACGCUGCGCAGAGCCGAGGAGGAGCUGCAGGAGAUGAGAGACAAAAUCAGCCGAGGUGAAUGUGGAAACUCCAGCUUUAUGCCCGAGCUGGAAGAGCUACGGAAAAGAGUGCUUGAAAUGGAGGGAAAGGAUGAAGAACUGAUUCGAAUGGAGGACCACUGCAGAGAGCUGAACAGGAAACUGGAAAAAGAAGCUAGUCAAAGUUACGGUUUGAAGACUGAAGUUGAUAAACUGAAUCACAGAAUUAUGGAUUUGGAAAGACUAGAGGAUGCAUUUAGCGAGAGUAAACAGGAAUGCGCCUCACUAAAAAGUAACCUUGAGAGGGAAAAGACUGUGUCAAAGGCUCUCUCUGGGCAACUGGAAGCUUUGAAAGCUCAAGUUAAAGAGCUGGAGCGUGCUGAGGGUCAGCUUGAAAAGACAGAGUUGACAUUGAAAGAGGACCUCACCAAGUUAAAGACACUGACAGUCAUGUUGGUCGAUGAGAGGAAGGCCAUGGCAGAGAAGCUGAAGCAGAUGGAAAACAAGGUAGAAAACAGCACUGGCAAACUUCAGGUCGAACAGGAGAAGGUUACGUCAAUCACAGAAAAGCUCAUUGAGGAGAGCAAGAAAGCUUUGAAAUCAAAGGCUGAGCUGGAGCAGAAGAUGUGCGAGGCCAAGAGGGAACGGGAUGACCUCAAGUGCAAACUAAGGGCAGAGGAGGAGAAGAACAUUGAUUUGGAGUCAAAAAUCAAUCUGAUGAAAAAAAGGUUGCAAUCACUUGAGACUAUCGAAAGGGACUACCUAAGGAGCAAAGUUAAAGAGGAGCAUGUGAAAACACCCAUCGCCAACCGCUUCCAACAAGAGGACAACAAAGUCAAAGACUUGACCCAGGAGGUCGAGCGACUCCGACGCAAACUCAAAGACAUCAGGGUUGUCGACGGUGACCUGUUAAAAACAGAGGAGCUGGAAUCCUUGGAGACGAGAUUCACAAACGAGCAGGAAAAAGCCAAGGCUUUGAUGAAGGAGCUGGAAAUGUCCAGAAAAGAACUUUCCACAUACCAGCUGGCUGAGAAGAACGAGUCCAACCAAGAGCAUGUUUUGUUCAAACGUCUGAAGGAGGAGGAGGCGAAGUCAAGUCAUUUGGCAGAGGAGGUUGUGGCUCUGAAGGAGAAGAUCCACGAAUACAUGGGACAAGAGGAGUCCAUAUGCCGCAUGAAGACCGACCACACCUCUCUGCGAAGGAAGCUCACCCAACAGGAAGUCAGAAACAAGGAACUGGCCAGGGAGAUGGAGACGCUCACGCGGGAGCUUGAACGAUAUCGAAGAUUUAGCAAAAGUUUGCGCCCUGGCAUGAAUGGAAGGCGCUUUUCGGAUUUGCACCUUGCCACCAAAGAGGUCCAGACUGAGCCUCAUGACCUCUUGACGGCGGUCCCAUUAGAGCACGUCAUGUUUAAUGGGAAUCUGUGUGAUGAGAGCAUGCCUGGGGACAAUGAGAUUUACAACAAAUGUGGCCCCUCCCUCAUAAAUAACAUCAAUAACCUCAAUAACAACAACCUGAGAAGAGUCCCCGGUGCUAAAUCCAACGAGGGUCCUAACCAGCUGAAUGGCAAACUGCAACAACGGCCGAAUAGUACCCACGUACAGGCUGGAGAUGUGGUACUGACCCACAAUCCUGGCCAGCCGCUUCAGAUUAAAGUGACCCCUGAGCACAGACACAACAUGGCGACACUUGAGAUCACCAGCCCUACCGCAGAGAACACGCCGUCCUUCACCAGCACUGCCAUCAUACCCACAAGCGGAGGCCCGCCCAAACAGAGAAUCACCAUCAUCCAGAACACUGCCAUUUCCCCACCUGCGAAAUGCAGACGUUCUCCAAUUUCAGACAAGCCUUGCUCACCAGAUAGGGUGCUAUCUCCUCUCACUAUGUCACCAUAUUCAAGAGCUUUGACCCCUGACUCUUGCAACUCACUGACCCCUGACAGAGCCAUGUCCCCAAUCCAAAUUGUUUCCGUCACAACGGGCACCCCUGACCGUGAUGUCUCAGCUGAGUCGGUGGAGAUUGCCGGAGGGCACGCCAUCUUCCGCGUGAGUCCAGAGCGCCAGAAUGGCUGGCAGGUGCAGCGGUCCAACAGCUCUGGGCCAAACAUCAUCACCACAGAGGACAACAAAAUCCACAUUCACUUAGGGGGUCCCUUCAUUCAGAGUGUCAGCUCACCAGCUCUGCAGGAGCAGAGAAUCCCUAACGGCAGCAUUGCAACACCCAAAAGCAAGAGCAAAGUCACUAGUAGCAUCAUGAUUAAGCCUUCCGCCACCCAAACCCAACGGCCAUCACAGAUUACAAUACCUCAAGAAUCAUUCCGUCGCGCUGGGCCGACCCGGAUCCCAAAACCAAAGGGCUCCACGUCUGUAAAAGGGAUGAGCGGCAAUGGCGCGCUGCAGAAUAGUAGCCAGUCACUGCGCACUCCUCUAAGCAGUGGCAAAGACCAGGCUGUGCACACGUCUGCAGCACACAGAACCAAUACCAACAACAACCCGAACCUUGCCAACCGCAAACUUUAGUAUAAUGUCAUGAAUAAAUUCGAGGUGAAUGACAACGUGAGCUCCAGAAGGUCACUUUGCAUUCACCGACAACUAUAUAGUAGCUGCUUUAGUUUAGUUCUCAUCAUGUCAGCAUCACUGCAACCCAGGUGAAGUGUCAUAGGAAGGCGACUUGAUAAAGCUGUAUGUUGUGUAUUUGUAUUUAUUUUUUAGCAGUUUGGAAAAAAAAGACAUGAAAAAAACAAGACUGGAAACUAUUUUUUUUUUAAUGAUAAAUGGCCAUAAUGUACUGUAUGUGAAAAACUGAUGAUGAAAUGCAGCUGCAUCAUACUACCUAGCAUAGUUUUUUUUCCCGCCUUUUGGUUCAAUAAAGACCUUUUAUAUUGGAA